AAGUGCGCAUGUCUGUUUCAAACUCUUCACUCUUCAUACGUCAUUCAACUGAAGUAUCCCUCGCCUGAAGUGUACCGGAGAGAAACUGCAGCCAUGAGCUUCUCAACUGAAGAGAGAGGAAACCCGAAUACUCUGAGUUACAGGGUGUUUUACAAGAACUCGGAUGGGAAAUACAUUUCACCUUUCCAUGAUAUUCCCAUGUAUGCAGAUGAAGCUCAGAACGUUUUCCACAUGGUUGUUGAAGUACCCCGAUGGACAAAUGCAAAAAUGGAGAUUGCCACGAAAGACCCUCUCAACCCAAUAAAGCAGGAUGUCAAGAAGGGCAAUUUGCGCUACGUGGCAAAUGUCUUCCCACACAAAGGCUACAUCUGGAACUAUGGUGCAAUCCCUCAGACAUGGGAGGACCCUGGCCACAAAGACUGUGAUACUGGAUGCUGUGGUGAUAAUGACCCAAUUGAUGUCUGUGAAAUUGGCAGCAAGAUUUGCUCUCGAGGAGAUGUUAUUAAAGUGAAAGUCUUGGGUGUGUUGGCGAUGAUCGAUGAAGGCGAAACUGACUGGAAGGUUAUUGCAAUCAAUGUUGAUGACCCAGAAGCAAAGAACUUGAAUGAUAUUGGUGAUGUUCAAAAACUCAAGCCAGGCUACUUGGAAGCCACUGUGGACUGGUUUAGACGGUACAAGGUGCCAGAUGGAAAGCCUGAAAACCAGUUUGCUUUUAAUGGAGAGUUCAAGGACAAGGAUUUUGCCAUUAAGACUAUCAAAAGCACCCAUGAGUUCUGGAAAGCACUUAUCUCACAACAGACCAAGGCAGGAGAGCUGAACUGUAAAAACACUUGCGUGUCAGAGGCAGGUAGUGUGUUCUGCUUUUCACCGGAGGAAGCCAAAGCAGUUGUUGAUAGUACUUCUCCUUGUGGGGAUGCAGGGUCCGUUCCAGACUCAGUUGACAAAUGGUUUUAUUAUGAGAAAUGAUGACGGAACAAUAGGAACAAAACAACAUGGAUGGACCAGUCUGUUCUCCUUUGUUUAGAGUAUGUAUGCAUAGGCAGGAAAGGGUAAUUUACAGGUUGUAGGAAAUGUCAUAGUAUCCGUAUGAUGUUAACAUAUGUCUCAUGUUAGAUUUUCAUUUAUUUAAUCAUGGUGUCAUUAGAUACUGUAUGCUGUUUAACAGAUAAAAACAGUGAAAUCAACAGUCUGGUCAAACUCAGGUACUGUAUGGUUGCUUUAAUAAAGCUUUUUUCUGUUGGA